AUAAAAUUUACAAAUUUUAAGUGUAUUAGUCUUGAUAAAUCCUUCGUUGAUUUUCGCCAAUGCAGAUUGAAAGCUUUAUCCCGCAAUCAAGUCGCCCUCUCGUUGUCGGCAAAACUAUAUCAAGUACCAGUGACCAAUGUCGGUGUAAACGCGGAUGUGUAUAAAAAAGCAAAUGGCUAUCGUCCCUUCAUGUUUAACAUUACUACGGAUUUUUGUCGAUUUAUUAAGUAUAGAAAGCAAACACCUUUUGGCAAAAUGAUAUUGGAUGCGGUAGAAAAGUAUUCAAAUAUAAACCACACAUGUCCGUACGAUCAUGACAUUAUAAUCAAAGAUCUUGUGCUUGAAAGUAAACAUCUGCAAUCACUGCCGUGGCCAAUGGGUGACUACCUUUUGAAAAUAAGCUUUGCGGUAAACAACGAUUGGAAAGUUACAGUUAAAUCAUAUAUACAAGUCACUGAGGAGUAA